UAAGAAAUGUAGCACACUUUUGCGAUCUUAAGCUCUCAGCGUCCUCCUCUUUCCGCCGUCGAAGAAAAACCCUAGGAAUCCAUUUGCAAUGACAACAGUUCCAGGGCAACUAGUAUGGGAGAUCGUGAAGAAGAACAACUCCUUUUUGGUGAAGGAGUUCGGUAAUGGUACCGCCGGCGUCGUCUUCAGCAAAGAACCUAACAAUCUCUACAACCUUCACUCUUACAAGCACUCUGGCCUAGCAAACAAGAAAACUGUGACUAUCCAGCCCGAGGGCAAAGAUAAAUCUGUUUUGCUUGCUACUUCGAAGACCAAGAAGCAAAACAAGCCUUCAAGUUUGCUGAACAAAUCUGUGAUGAAGAAGGAAUUCCGCAGAAUGGCCAAGGCUGUAACAAACCAGGUCGGAGACAACUAUUACAGGCCAGAUCUGAAGAAGGCAGCUCUUGCAAGGUUGAGUGCUGUGAACAGGAGUCUCAAGGUCACCAAGUCAGGUGCCAAGAAGAGGAACAGACAAGCUUAAGAGUUCAUGCUAGGAAAUGUUACUAUGUAUGACUUGUACUGCAUGGGUUUUUUCCAGUACCAGAGUUUUGCGUUUGAUUUUAUCUAUGUUUCUUUCUUAAGUAGCUAUUGGCAAGAGCAAUCUCUCUAGUUUUGAGCUAAAAUUGACAUCCUUUAUCAGAGUUUUAAAAGACUGUCUACAUUAAUUUAUGAUGUCUA